AUGCGAAUCGAAACGAUAUUCUUGCUCUUCAUCAUUUUGUUAUUCGAAGUCUCGUCGAUUGAAGCGCGAUACGAACGCGUUGGAUUUAUUAGUGACCCAAUCAAAUUGCUUCUACAAGACAGCUAUUCGUCACUGAAGAAUCGGAUGUACAGUCAGAGUUCGUGGAAGAAUCCAACUGGAUUCCGACAGGUCCGCAAAAGAAAGUACACCGCUUUCCCGCCGACGUUCUACAGCAACUACGGAUUCGGACCAAUUCAAUUCAACAGCCGCCGUAGUGCCGUAAUACCCUACAGCGAUCUACUAUUUUCUGGAAAAUAA